AUGUCGUCUGAUCUUCCCAACACUCUAGGUCCAUCAUCCUUUACAUCCACUUCACCUAACGGCAACGAAAAAGUCGACAUUUGUUACGAAGCCGACGAGUCUGGUCCAAACUUCAAAGAGAUUAACAGGGAAGAAAACGACGCAGGAUUUGAUGAACUUCCCUCAACCCCAACCCCUAAGCGCAAGUCUCAAGCCAACAAGCGCAAUCAGCGGACGCCAGAGAACAUGAUGUCUACCGUUACACCAUUGACGAAGGCCACAGGUCAGUCGACCGACGAUCCUUUUAUCGACGAAGCAACUCCGCGCAACGACAACCCCAUAAUCAUAGACCUGUCGAGUAGCCGUCGAGCUAAGUCUCCCGACUUGGAAGCUGGAUCGUCUGGUGUUUCUUCGACGCCUUCAACUCCUACAAAGGCACCAGGCGAGCGUCGUCGUUCUGCAUUCUCUCAGCCGAAGUCCAUUACCCAUGGCGAAGCGCUUCGCGAAGUUCGGCGUGUCAUUAUCGAGAUCAACUAUAUCAAGGCCGAAUACCGGCGAGUCCGUGGCUUGUUCGAGCAUCUCAUGCGGGAUGAAAACGCUACCCCGGUUAUUCUUGAAGCCACCGUGGAUGCCACAUCAAGACGUCUCAUGCGCGCGGUUAAGGACGACGAGAGAAUGCAGAGUGGCGACCCACCAAGACAUCUGCCCUACCCGCCUGUGAUGAUUCCUGAGCUUCUGGCGGCUGUGGAGAAAGCUGAAAUUACCAAAAGAAAUUGGUAUGCAGAGACCAACCGACUGUUUUGGCUUCUUGAAAACAUCGAUAACGUGAAGAUGCCAGCGUUGAAGCUAAAGCUGGAGAUGGCACGAAAAAAGGAGGCCGCCGCAAAACAGAGAGAAGGUAUUCCAGCUGCCACCAUUGCGUGCCAGAGACCUGUUUCAUCUUAUGAUACGCCACUGAGUGUGGGAAAGACUUCUGUGUCUUCUCCUGCCGCAGCUCGUCGGGCUCGUCCGGACGAAACGCCCAGUGCCUCUCCGGCUACCUCUGAGGUCAACGACCAGCCUACGCUUGAUAGAGGUAUACGAAACGCCAUGCGACGAGCUGCUGAUUCUGGUCCUGCUGAGACCUUCAUGAAAAAGGCUCGUCGUUGA